GCCGAGGCGAGCUCGGGCAUUUGCCGCCGACAUGGGCGCUGUCGCGUCGGCACGGCCGCCCCUGCUGCUACGGGCGUCUCUCCUGCUGCUGUUCUUGCUGCUCCAGGGGUUGUCGGUGGGCUCCUGGGACCUGGCGGGUUACCUGCUCUACUGUCCCUGCAUGGGACGCUUUGGGAACCAGGCUGAUCACUUCUUAGGCUCCCUGGCAUUCGCAAAGCUGUUGAACCGUACCUUGGCAGUACCUCCAUGGAUUGAAUACCAGCAUCACAAGCCUCCUUUCACCAACCUCCAUGUGUCCUACCAGAAGUACUUCAAGCUAGAGCCUCUCCAGGCCUACCAUCGGGUUGUCAGCCUGGAGGACUUCAUGGAGAAGUUGGCACCCAUUCACUGGCCCCCUGAGAAGCGGGUGGCAUACUGCUUUGAGGUGGCAGCCCAGCGAAGCCCUGAUAAGAAGACAUGCCCAAUGAAGGAAGGAAAUCCCUUUGGGCCAUUCUGGGACCAGUUUCAUGUGAGUUUCAAUAAGUCAGAGCUGUUCACAGGCAUUUCCUUCAGUGCCUCCUACAAAGAACAAUGGAUCCAGAGAUUUUCUCCAAAGGAACACCCAGUGCUCGCACUGCCAGGGGCCCCAGCCCAGUUCCCUGUCCUGGAGGAACACAGGUCACUCCACAAGUACAUGGUGUGGUCAGACGAGAUGGUGAGGACAGGAGAGGCCCAGAUUAGCACCCACCUCAUCCGACCCUAUGUGGGCAUCCAUCUGCGCAUUGGCUCCGACUGGAAGAAUGCCUGCUCCAUGCUGAAGGAUGGGACUGCAGGGUCACACUUCAUGGCCUCCCCUCAGUGUGUGGGCUACAGCCGCAGCACAGCGACCCCCCUCACCAUGACCAUGUGCCUUCCUGACCUGAAGGAAAUCCAGCGGGCCGUGAAGCUCUGGGUGAGGGCACUGAAUGCCAAGUCGGUCUACAUUGCCACAGACUCUGAGAGCUAUGUGCCAGAGAUCCAGCAGCUGUUCAAAGAGAAGGUGAAGGUGGUGAGUCUGAAGCCUGAGGUGGCCCAGAUCGACCUGUACAUCCUUGGCCAGGCUGACCACUUCAUUGGCAACUGUGUCUCCUCCUUCACUGCCUUUGUGAAGCGGGAGCGGGACCUUCAUGGGAGGCAGUCCUCCUUCUUUGGGAUGGACAGGCCCCCUCAGCUGCGGGACGAGUUCUGAUCCUGGCUAGAGCCCCCCAGCUAGCACCCAAGGGUGCUCCCAGAACUGUAAGUUCCUUUUCUCUCCUGUCAGAGAUGGAGAACAGUACCAGGGGCUUCUUGGAAGGAGACAUUCCAGCCCAGGGCUCAGGACCCCCAAACCCCACAGCCAGAGCAGUCCUUACCUCAUGUGUUUCUGGGAAUGCUCACACCACAGAACAGGUCACACUCUGACCUCUGGCCCACUGUGCUCUGAGCAGCCUACAGUGCUGAACUCUCUCUAGAGCAGUUAUUUUAUAAAGAGAAAGAUUUUUAUAGGGUUUUUCUUGAGGGGUAAGGGGCAGGAAUGAGGUUGAGAUGAUCUCAUACAGCCCAAGCUGGGCUUGAGCUCCUUAUCUUUCUGCCUUUACUUCCCAAGUGCUGGGAUUACAGGAAUGCACCAACACACCCAGCUGAUUUUUACUUUUGAUACAGAGUCAUGACUACCUUGAACUCUUCUUGUUUUUAGAAAAAUCAGUGAAGUUCAUUAGCAUAUACACCUAAAGUGACCUUAACUAAAUACAGAUGAAACCAUGACUGGGUAGAUCUAUUGGCCAUUUCUCCAGGGAUCCCCCAAAGUGGCCCUCAGGCUCAUCCCCACUGUUAGGCCCCAGCCAUUGUCAUAUACCAGCUCUUUGGGGCGAACACUAGGCAGACAGGAAUCAGCAAUUGCAGUGUUGUGGGAUACUCCCUAUAUCCAAGGGAGGAUAAAAGUCACUCCCACAGCAUGUUCCCAACUGGCUGAUCCUGUUAUUACUCCUAGGCUCAGCCCCAUUAGGGCCUCAGCAUUUAUCACUGGGGGCCAGGUCUGGUGGUCUGCCAGGGUACUCUGAAGCCUGCUCUCUCCAAGACCCCUGUCCCAGCCCCAGAUCAUCUAUUCCCCAAGGGGUAUUUGCCAACUUUCUGACAUGUAAGUGCCCAGGAGCCAUCUGAAGUCCCAGGUUGGAAGCAAAUGUGUCGAUGCCCUGAGGUAUUCCAGUCCUAAGGACUUUCAGCCUUGUGAUGUUCUCACACUCCUGAGAGCCUGAGACUUUUGACCAUAUGCCUCUAAACCCUGUGUCUAACACCCAUGGAACUUUACCCUGCCACAUAUCUCCCUCAGCCUUCACACCUGCAGCUCCAUGUAGGGGCUUAUUCUUCUGUCAGGGAAGACUGGGUCCAAGGUCACAAUAGGCUUUCUACACCAGAGUUGGCAUUUACUGCUUAGAACCUCUGCCCAGCUCUAGGCAGAAGGAACUACAUAGAAAGGGCCUUUGUAGCUUUCCUUCUUGGGAAGUGUGGGAGUUUUGAUCUUGGUGGGCUCAGGGAUGGCUUGUCUGUCCAGACUUGCUCUCUACCUCACCCAGAGGAAGGGCCGUAGACAAGGGGUCCUCUGCACUUAACACCUCCUUGGAGUUCAGUUGCCAGGCCCUACAUUACACAAGGCACAGGCUUAGAGACUGGGCUCCUGUAGCUAUGCAGGCCAUCCUGAUUGGCACCAUGUUCCUGCAGAAAGCAUCAGGGCUUUUGAGAGAAUUGGCCAUGCCUCUGGACAAGUACUUUACUCAGGCCCAGCUUUCUCACCUGUAAGAUGGUGGUAGAUCUAGGGGCUUGUUAAAAGACUUCAGUCAGCUAACACAGGCACACUGUAAACCUGAAAACAGCAAGGCCCCUAGAUGGUCAUUGGUGUGACUGCUGCUUUCUGAAUACCUGCUCCAAGCCAGGCACUGUGCUGAGUGCUUUUUGGGCAUCCUGUUGAGUUUCCACCCAGGCCCUGGUAUUAGCCUUUUCUUCCUGACAAAAAACAAAUGCUCAGAGAACUCUACUUUUCCCAAGGCUGCAUGACUAGGGAUGGUGAGCCAGGUCUGACCUCUCAAAGUCAGUUCUGUCAGCCGUGUGCUCUGCUGCCGUUGCCUCCCAGGAUGCACCAUGCACUGUGCACAGGGCUGUGGAGGCUGUAGGAAAAGGAUCAGCCACUGGCUUCUACUGCAUACCUGCUAGGGCCUUCCUGGAGCUAGCUCUAGGAGGAGCUCACACAAGAAAAAGGAAGCCCAUAUGUAGCUUCUGGCCCCUUGGAUAGUUACCUAGUUCAACAUUCAUUUUGUGGGUAUUUAUUGAUCACCUACUGUGUGCUGGACUCUGCUAGGUAGAAGGGGUGCAGCAGAGAAACAGUUCUCUCAAAGGAUUUGCAUUCUAGAAAGGAAAGCAAAGUAAGUGUACUGUGGAGGAAAGUGCUAUGAGGAAAAAUCAAGGGUACAGGGGAACAAUUUUAAGUAAAAGGAGUUUUCUUUAGGAGUGAAGGAGAAAACUCAAGACAACAAAGUAGCACAUUCCCAGCAGAAAGGAUGGUGUGUGCCAAGGCCCUGGGGCUGGAAUUUGUGCCUGUAAAGAGCAGCAAGGAGUCAGGGUAGCAGGUUGAGGGGCUGGGAGUAGUUGGUGACACUCACCUAGGCUUGUCUUCUUGGAGAGCACCAAAGGCCUUUCUUCACAGGUUCUGGACAGAAGAAGGGGAAUCCAGUGAUUGUGAAGGACCCUUUAGCAAGCAGGUGGAGAGGAAGUGGAGGGGGUGGGGAUAGCAGAGACUGGUGUGCAACCAGGGUUGAGCAGUCAGGCUUCACGCACCUCUGCACUAGAAUCCUCCCAAGAGGUAAAGACCGUUGUGCUGAGUAUGGUAGAAGAUGGUCAGGUUCUGAGUAUGUCAAGUUAUUUUUAUGACUCACUUUAAAAAGAUACCAGUCUUUAUCAUUUUAAUCAUGCAGUAUUUACAGUUUAGUGUCUCAGUUUACUUAACAGCAUAUCAUAUUUCCCCUGUUAGCACAUAGCCUGCGUAAUUUUAAUCCUAUAAAC